AUAAAAGUAGGAUAAAAGAUAAAUUAUCUAAAAAGGGUAAAACGGAAUGAAAUAAAAGAAGGGUAAAGAGGCAAAAUAUCAAGGAAGAAAAAAUAUUAAAGAACUCUUUAUACUGAUAUUAAUUUUAAAUAACAAAAAAAACAACUUUUUCCCAAGCAUUAUUAUAUGGUUAGAAUGUGUUUGCUAAUUUGUUAUUAGGUUUCUUUCGUCACCUGAAUAACAAAAAUAAUGAUUUUCUCUUGGACAUUGGUUUAUGUUAACAGAAUAAAAUAUGAAGCAAAUUUACUUACAAUAUUUGAUAUAUGUUUAAAUAGCGAUUUUUGCAGGUCAGUCAAGGCCUAUAAAUAUAGGGAGGUGUAUUUAUUACCUUCAAUCAGCUAGAAGUUGUGGUAAAUGACACGUUGAAAAUUUGAUUCUACUGAACGAAAUUGUGUUCUCAACAACUUGCGCAAGAUUCUGUCUAUGAAAUGAAUUUUAAAACAUGUCUUUUAAUUCUAUAUGCGCUUAGUUUUGUUAAGCUUAUAUCAAGCUACACUUUGCCAACAACUGAUGAUACUUAUAAGCAAGAUCCAGCCACUGUCUGUCAUAAUGGAUAUUGUGGAAUAAACAGCUACACAUACUUAAAGGAAGUGUAUAGGGGAUUAUUUCAUUCCGGGAAAGAUCUAUCAACGCUAGACAGAGUUAGCAAUAAAGCUUUAAAUAAUCCUGAAUAUGCAGAUGGACUUGAAAAUCCUGAAUUACAGCCUUAUGCUGACGACGGCUCUAUUUGUUGUUCAACGCACAUACAGCAUAAAAUCAACACAACCUUAACGAACGUAAACGGAGAAAGUAUGAGUAUUAUUCAUCUUACUAGUCAAGCCGACCCCAACUACCAAUAUAUACCUCAUGCUUCCUGCGUACGUACUGGAAGUUGCCCGGGCGAAUGCGUGAUCGAAAAUAAAAUUCUUAGUUUAUUAGCAAUGAAUUCAAGCAACUCCCUUCUGUUUGGAUUUUUUGAGAUACCAGGGUACUGCGCCUGCAAAAAUUUCAGAAAAUAAAAAAUUGAUACACCAAAAGACGUUGACACUUGAUUUUUAUAAGAGCUUUUUCUGUGAUACAAUUAAUUCUAUAUACUUUACUGAUAUUUUCUGUAUUUUAUGCUAAAAUAAACGUUUAAAAAUGUAAACUGAUUGUGGAAUAAAACAAACAAUAUCACAUAUUUUAA